AUGGCGCGAGGAGACGCCCCGCAGGACAGCUACCACCUGGUCGGGAUCAGCUUCUUCAUCCUGGGGCUGGGCACCCUCCUUCCCUGGAACUUCUUCAUCACAGCCAUCCCGUACUUCCAGGGGCGUCUGGCAGGGGCCAACGGCACCACCGAGACCCUGGGCACCAACCACACGAGGCCUGCAGACACCUUCAACUUCAACAACUGGGUGACACUGCUGUCCCAGCUGCCUCUGCUGCUCUUCACACUCCUCAACUCCUUCCUGUACCAGUGCAUCCCUGAGACGGUGCGGAUUCUGGGCAGCCUGCUGGUCAUCCUGCUGCUCUUUACCCUGACGGCGGUGUUGGUCAAGGUGGACAUGAGCCCCGAGCCCUUCUUCUCCAUCACCAUGGCCUCUGUCUGGUUCAUCAACUCCUUCUGUGCAGUUCUGCAGGGCAGCCUCUUCGGGCAACUGGGCACCAUGCCUUCCAUGUACAGCACCCUCUUCCUCAGCGGCCAGGGCCUGGCUGGGAUCUUCGCUGCUCUUGCCAUGCUCAUGUCCAUGGCCAGUGGCGUGGAUGCCCAGACCUCCGCCCUGGGGUACUUCAUCACGCCCUGCGUGGGCAUCCUCAUGUCCAUCGUGUGUUACCUGAGCCUGCCCCACCUGAAGUUUGCCCGCUACUACCUGGCCAAGAAACCAUCAAAGGCACAAGGUCAAGAGCUGGAGACUAAAGCUGAGCUCCUCAAGUCUGAUGAGAAGAACGGGAUUCCCAACAGCCCCCAAAAGGCAGCCCUGACUCUGGAUCUUGACCCUGAGAAGGAGACAGAGAUGGAGCCAGAGGAACCCCAGAGGCCAGGAAAACCUUCAGUUUUCAUUGUCUUCCAGAAGAUCUGGCUGACGGCGCUGUGCCUUGUGUUGGUCUUCACAGUCACCCUGUCCGUCUUCCCAGCCAUCACAGCCAUGGUGACGAGCUCCACCAGCCCUGGGAAGUGGAGUCAGUUCUUCAACCCCAUCUGCUGCUUCCUUCUCUUCAACGUCAUGGACUGUCUGGGACGGAGCCUGACCUCUUACUGCCUGUGGCCAGACAAAGACAGCCGGCUGCUGCCCCUGCUGGUCUGCCUGCGCGUCCUGUUUGUGCCGCUCUUUAUGCUGUGCCACGUGCCCGAGAGGUCCCGGCUGCCCAUCCUCUUCCCACAGGAUGCCUACUUCAUCACUUUCAUGCUGCUUUUUGCUGUUUCAAAUGGUUACCUGGUGUCCCUCACCAUGUGCCUGGCGCCCAGGCAGGUGCUGCCAUAUGAGAGGGAGGUGGCCGGCACCCUCAUGACCUUCUUCCUGGCUCUGGGGCUCUCCUGUGGAGCCUCCCUCUCCUUCCUCUUCAAGGCGCUGCUCUGA